AUGCUGUCCAAAUGCACCGUGCUUUCUUCCUGCCUCAGAAUCCAGGCCACAAUCUUCGGCGACUGGGCCGAACAUGAACGCAAGCAGCAUCCCCUACAGUACCUAACAACGACACCAACAACUCCUCCUCCACGUCACCGUCUCGAAACCAUGUCUGACGGCUCGAAUCUCGGCGCAACAGCCAAAGCCGGCGGCGGUCUCGCAAACGACAACGCAAAAACCCAAGAGAAGCCUCUGCAACCUCAGAAACCCGCCGCGCAACUCGAGGAAGAUGAUGAGUUCGAGGACUUUCCAAGAAAGCUAAUGCACGGCGUAGACUGGGCCAAGGAAGAAGAAGUUGGACAGCAGGCGGGCAACACACAUCUGUGGGAAGAGAGCUGGGAUGAUGAUGACACGACUGAUGAGUUUUCGACGCAGUUGAAAGAGGAGUUGAAGAAGAUGUCGAAUAAAAAGAGCUAUGGAGACGCGAGGGGGGAGAGAGGGUGGCUCAAGAGAAAGAAACAGCCGAAGCACGAAUGA